CGGGAAUAAAGCUCCAGAGUUUUCUGCGUUCGCUUUUCUGAAAUCGUUGAAUUAGUAAACUUGGUGGCUCCAAUCAAUCCCCCCAAUUUUUACCAUCGAUUUUGUUAGGGUUUCAGCAAAUCACAUUACCAAUCACUCACGAUGCAGCCCCAAUCCGGCACCACCUCUCCCUAUUACCACCAAUACUAUCAGGCCACCACCGCCACCGAUCUUCCGCCGUUCAAUCCCGUUUCCGCCGCCCCGUAUGCCUCUGCGCCUCCUGUGAUGGCCUCGCCGGCCGAUUACUCUUACCCCUCCAAUUAUACUUCCUUCCCUUCAAAUCCCGAUCAUAUUCCUAAUCCUCCGCAAUAUUCCUUCCCUCAUCUCCAGGACACCUCGCAAAAUCAUCAAUUGUAUAAUCAGAACCAGCCCCCCGUGGAUUAUGAUUACGACCAGCGGAACCAUAAUCCGGAGCCUGCAUAUGAUCCAUCAUACUCGUUGAAUUCGUAUUCCUAUGGAUCUUCUGAUGUGCCGUAUCAUGCGAAUUCAUACGAGAGCAACCUGAAUUACGGCGGGGAUCAAAGAAUUUAUGAUAAUGAAGUUUACAAGUAUAAUGGUGGGCCUGUGGAGUCUUCUUAUGGUGGCAAAGGAGGACGAUCGUCGGACACCGCCGGAGGCGACGGUGGGGUCUUGUUUGAUGAUUAUGGGAGGCCGAUUACCGUUCCUGGCGGGAAAGUGCAGAAUGAAUUUGGGAAUUCUUCGCCUAGGAUUGUCAAGGCGGUGCCAAAGGUGGAGGAUUCGGAGGAUGUUAAGAGUGGCGUUCAGAAGUUUCGUGUUAAGCUGCUGUCUGAAGGUUAUGGUCAGACUGAUAUGGAUGUUCUUUGUCAGGUUGGGCUGGACGGAAUACGUUUUCUGGAUCCAGCAACCAGCCGGAUGCUAAAAAUAUACCCACUUGACGCGGUUACUAGAUGUGAUGUGUUGGAUUCACAUAUCUUUGCAUUUUGGGCCAAAACCAGUGUUGAUCCUGAACCAAGACGGGUCAGGCUCAAGUCAAAUAGUUAUACCACGAACAAUAUUCUGGAUACAGUGACAGCAGCAAGCAUCCAGUCCAAGGAGAUAGCUUCAAGCAGUACUCCAUCAGAUGUAGUUAAGGGAACUGACCAAUCAUCAGACAAGAAGAAAGGGUUUAUUGAUUGGAGGAACUUGAUAAAGCCAAUGAAUGAGGAGAAGGAUCACUGGGUCCCAGAUGAAGCAGUAGUCAAGUGCACAGCUUGCGCAGCAGAUUUUAAUGCUUUUAAUCGGAAGCAUCACUGCCGGAACUGUGGGGAUAUUUUCUGUGACAAGUGCACACAAGGGAGAAUUGCCCUCACUGCAGAUGAGAAUGCUCAACCAGUUCGAGUUUGUGAUCGAUGCAUGGCAGAGGUAACUCAGAGACUCGGCAAUAAGGUAGCGCCUGGUAGAGCUGCUGGGCUGCAGAGCCAUGAAGAUCUUGCUAGAAAAAUUCAGGAGGAGAUGGAGAAAAACCGCAAACCAGGAGCGAAACCUGAAGCCAUUAGCAGGAGAAUGAGAGAAGUUGCCUGUCCUACGUGCACAGUCCACUUACAGGUUCAGGUUCCAACAUCUGGUUCUGAAACCAUAGAAUGCAGUGUCUGCCAGCACCCGUUCCUUGUCAGCGCUCAUUGAUGUGAAGCAUUAACCACUGCUCUAAAGCCUAUACUAUCGCAUACUAAUCAUAGAGAUAAAAUUCGGUUUGUUACUUGCAACCAUUUGUGAAAAGAGUGAAGUGUUGUAACAAUGUGUACAGAAGCAAUGGCUUGAAUUAUGCACCAGUUUUAUUGUAAAUGAUAAUAUUUCCUAUUUCCUGAUCUGUAUAAAGCACAUGGUGCACUGCUCUAUCUCA